UCAACAAAUCAGUGCUCUGUGGAAGUGCUAAAGGAUCUUAAUUAAAGCUGUGAUGCAAAUGUUUACAAAAAUACCAUAGAAUGCUCUGUCUGUAUCUGGAGUCUUCAUAGCCAUGCCAUGGGUAUCUUUUCUAUACUUGCUCUACCAUUGCUUCUCCUAGGGAUCAGUGGAAUUAUUUCUAUUUAUCAGUCAGUCAGGUGGCUGCUGUCCAAGUCAGCGGUGCAGAACAAGGUAGUGGUGAUCACAGAUGCCAUCUCUGGACUAGGCAAGGAAUGUUCUCGUGUGUUUCAUGCAGGAGGAGCAAGGCUUGUGUUGUGUGGCAGGAACUGGGAAAAGUUAGAAGCCUUGUAUGAUGCCUUAAUUAGUGUGACAGACCCCAGCAUGACAUAUGCUCCAAAGCUGGUCCUCCUGGAUAUCACAGACAUAAGCUGCAUUCGAGAUGUAGCUAAGGAAAUCCUGAACUGCUAUGGCUGUGUGGAUGUUCUGAUCAACAAUGCAAGUAUGAAGGUGAAAGGAGCAGUGCAGAGCAUUUCACUGGAACUUGAUAAAAAGAUAAUGGAUGCCAACUAUUUUGGACCUAUAACAUUAACCAAAGCCAUUCUUCCUAACAUGAUCUCAAGAAGAACUGGCCAUAUUGUUCUCAUUAAUAGCAUCCAAGGGAAAAUAGGAAUUCCAUUUCGUGCAGCUUAUGCUGCUUCCAAGCAUGCUGCUGUAGGCUUUUUUGAUUGCCUUAGAGCUGAAAUGGAAGAAUUUGAUAUUUCUGUCAGCACUGUGAAUCCAACCUUCAUCUGUUCAUACCAUCGCCAGCCAGCACCAGGCAACUGGGAGGCAUCUAUUUGGAAAUUCUUUUUCAGGAAGGUGUCCUAUGGUGUGCACCCCGUGGAGGUGGCAGAGGAAGUCCUUGCCACAGUGAGCAGGAAGAAGCAGGAGGUGCUCAUGGCCAAUCCCAUCCCCAGAGCAGCAGUUUACAUUAGAACAUUCUUCCCCGAGCUGUUCUUUGCCAUUGUUGCCUCAGGGAUUAGGGAAAAGCUGAAGACAGAAGAGGAAAAUUGA